CUUGUAGCAGCAGGGUAAUAUCCAGUGCGCUCUGGUAAUACAGAUUAGUAAUAUACUAAAUAACCCCAAUUAUGGUGAAUCGCACGCUGAGUUGGCAUUCUCCUGACUAAUCUGCUAAUGAUGGACAAGAACAGAAAAAAGGUGGCUGAGAGAAUAUUAAACUUCACCCUAGAGAUUAUCUACCUGCUGACUGGAGAGGAUUAUAUAGUAAUGAAUAAGAUGACUGAGGAAGGAUGGAGAAGGAACCAGCAUCCUAUCUUGUUGCCUCCACCUCAUUUACUGAUAGAUGGGAGAAACAACUAUCAGGAGAUCCUGCAACUCACCAACAAGAUCAAUGAACUUCUGACCGGAGAGGUUUCUAUGAGGUGUCAGGAUGUUACUUUCCAUUUCUCCAUGGAGGAGUGGGAAUAUUUAGAAGGACACAAGGAUCAGUAUGAGGACAUUUUUGUGGUGAAUCAACCUACUCCCAUGUCACCAGGUGUGCCUUCUACAGAUGAAUCCAGUAAGGAAGAAAGACCAGAGAGAUGUCCUAGUCCUCUAUAUUUCAAGCACUUUCCACAUGAAAAUGUCCCACAGGGUCACCAGGUUAUAGAUGUGAGUGAUAUAAAAGCUGAAGACAUAAUGGAAGAAGAGAGCUAUGUGGGUGUAACUCAGCUGUGUACAGUAGAAGAUAUUCCUACAAAUAUUAACACUGGAGAUGAAAGCACCAAAAACUUUCCAGGAAAUCUCCUUUUCUCCCCUGCUUAUGAAGUAAAAUAUAACAAUACCAAAGAAGACAAUCUCAGAGAAGAUGCUGCAACCUGUCUUACUACAAGUAUACUCUUAGUCCUUCACAGCAGCGAUCAACCUAAUGAUCCCACUAAUCACAAGGAACCUUCAUCUGGUCAGCCACUGAUUAUUAAACAAAGUACAGAAGAUCCAGGGGGUAAAAUAUAUCCAUGUUCUGAAUGUGGGAAAUGCUUUACGAGGAAAUCAAAUGUUAUUAAACAUCAGAGAACUCACACAGGGGAGAAGCCAUUUUCAUGUCCACAGUGUAAGAAAUGUUUUAGCCAAAAGUCAGAUCUUCGUAACCAUCAGGUAGUCCAUACGGGGGAGAAGCCGUUUCCGUGUUCUAUGUGUGGGAAAUUCUUCACAAGGAGGUCAAGUGUUGUUGAACAUCAGCGAACUCACACAGGGGAAAAGCCAUUUUCAUGUUUAAAAUGUAAGAAAAGUUUUAGCCAAAAGUCAGAUCUUCUUAACCAUCAGGUAGUUCAUACAGGGGAGAAGCCAUUUUCAUGUUCUGAGUGUGAGAAAUGCUUUACAAGGAAAUCAAGCGUUAUUUAUCAUAUGAGAACCCACACAGGGGAAAAGCCACAUUGUUGUCCAGACUGUGGAAAAUGUUUUAGCCAGAAGUCUAAUUUUGUUACACAUCGACUAACCCAUAUGGAGGAGAAGCCAUUUUCAUGUUCAGAAUGUGGAAAGAAUUUUAUAAAGAAAUCAGAUCUUGCUACACAUCAGAAAUGGCACACAGGGGAGAAGACAUAUUCAUGUUCUGAGUGUGGAAAAUUUUUUCAAAGGAAAUCGUGUCUCAUUGAUCAUCAGAGAAUUCACACAGGGGUAAAACCAUUUUCAUGUCCAGAAUGUGGCAAAUGUUUUAGCCUGAAGUCCGAUCUUGCUAAACAUCAUUUAAUCCACACAGGGAUGAAGCCAUUUUCAUGCUUGGAGUGUGGGAAAUGUUUUACUAGGAAAUCAUAUCUUAUUGAACAUCGUAAGCAACACACAGGAGAAAAACCAUAUUCAUGUCCAGAAUGUGGGAAAUGUUUUAGUCACAAGUAUAGUCUUGUAAAACAUCAGGAAAUUCAUACAGGCGAAAAACCAUUUUCAUGUAAGGAAUGUGGGAAAUGCUUCACAAGAAAAUCAAGUGUUGCUGAACAUCAGAGAAUUCACACAGGAGAAAAGCCAUAUUCAUGUUCAGAAUGUGGAAAAUGUUUUAUAAAUAAAUCGAGUUUGGUUACUCAUCAAAAAAGUCACACAGGAGAGAAGCCAUUUUCAUGUUCUGAGUGCGGGAAAUGCUUCACAAGAAAAUCAAGUCUUAUUGAACAUCUGAUAAUUCACACUCAGAAGAAGACAUUUUCAUGUUCAGAAUGUGGGAAAUGUUAUAAACAUAGAUCAGCUCUUGCUCAGCAUAAGAAGCGCAUGCAUUUUAAUGAUUAGACUACAAAAUGUUUAACUGUACCUAAAUGUUUUAGAUUUAGAGUGAAAGAGAAAUAAAGUGUUAGACAUUUUCCUCAAA